AUGCAAAUUCUCUAUGGGGUAAGACCUUGGUCAAGAAAGCCGAUAGGAGCUAUGCUUCCGCCUUCGGAUCUUUCUCUCGUCAGCCAUUUCAGAGGAUUGAUCGCUCCAGAAUGGCAAAACGGAUGUAUCCUGUUGGUAGCUGAUAAGAAAGAAGUGGUGGAUGCUCGAGAUGAAGUUACUGUACCGAGGAACACUCCUUUAGAGUUGUUUGGAGAAGAAGGAUUUUAUUUUAUCGAGCCUUUUCUGCCAAUUGAAACUAAACAGUACACAAAAGAAGAAGUGAGCAAUAUGUAUCAAUAUUAUCAUGAUAAGAGGUGGCUUGCAAGUGAAAAAGCUCGAAGCGAGGAUGGCAAACAGCAGUUGAUGUAUCUCAGUGCUUUCAAUCCAUUCUAUUUCGAAAGGUUAUGUGCCUUCAAUUGA